AUGGCCCGCGCGGCGUGGAUGCCCCUGCAGCUGCUCGUGGCCCUGAGCGGCUGCAUCCGCCUGCUUGCGUCGCCAACACCUCCCGAAUACGACGCUCUGCAACGCGUGCUGCAGCCGGCGCGCCAUCCCGAAGCGCGACCGCAGCAGCAGCGCAAGCUGAACGGCCGGUUCCUGCACAUCACUGAUUUGCAUCCCGAUGACUUUUACAAGGCGCACACCUCGUCGGAGGAGGGCAUUGCCUGCCACCGCGGCAAGGGCAUGGCCGGAACCUACGGCGCGGAAAUGACGGACUGCGACUCGCCCUUUUCCCUCGUCAAUGCUACCUUUGACUGGAUCGAGGCCAACAUCCGAGACGACAUCGACUUUGUCGUGUGGACCGGCGACUCGGCACGCCACGACAGCGACGAGAAGCACCCGCGAACUGCCGAGCAGGUCCUCGACUCGAACCGCCGCGUCGCCGACAAAUUCGUCGAGGCAUUCACCUCGCCUCGCGACAGCAAACUCUCCAUACCCGUGAUCCCCACCUUUGGCAACAAUGACUUUCUCCCCCACAACAUCAUGGAGGCCGGGCCCAACAAGUGGUUCCAUGCGUACAGCGACAUUUGGAGUCGCUUCGUCCCCGAGGAGCAGCGCCACUCGUUUGCCUUUGGCGGCUGGUUCUAUGUCGAGGUCAUCCCCGCCAAGCUGGCCGUGUUUAGCCUCAACACCAUGUUCUUCUUUGACCGCAACGCCGCUGUCGACGGUUGCGCGAACCCCUCGGAGCCGGGCUACAAGCACAUGGAGUGGCUGCGCAUCCAGCUUCAGCACCUGCGCGACACGGGCAUGAAGGCCAUUCUCAUCGGCCACGUGCCGCCCGCCCGCACCGACAGCAAGCAGAAUUGGGACGAGACUUGCUGGCAGCGGUACACGCUAUGGCUCCAGCAAUAUCGCGACGUCGUCACUGCGUCCCUCUUUGGGCACAUGAACAUCGACCACUUCCUGCUCGGUGACACCAGGAAGGUUAAUCUGCUGGCUGACUCGGAAGACGCAUCCGACCGAAGCCGCCUGGAUGACGGGGUUUCUAUCCAGUCCAAGAGCGAUUAUCUCAUGGAGUUGCGCGAUGAGUGGUCAGGCCUCCCUGGCUCAGCGAUCAAGGUCCAAGAAGAGGACGAUGAAGACUUAUCAGCAGACAAGAAGGGCAAGAAGAAAAAGAAGAAGUACAAGAAGAUUGGGGGCAAAUAUGCUGAAAGGUAUCAGCUGUCCUUUGUCAGCCCCAGCGUGGUCCCCAACUUUUUCCCGACUCUUCGAGUAUACGAGUAUAACAUUACCGGGCUGGACUCGGCAGCAGUUUGGCAUGACUCGUUUGACCAGAGAAACCCGACGUCUCCACAGCCGUGGGAUGAGGCAGACUGGGACGACGAAGAACACCAUGAGCUCAGGCGAGAUGUUGACGCGGAGGGGAAGAAGCACAAGAAGAAGAAGGGCAGAAAGGGAAAGAAGAAGCCCAAGAAAGACCCCAACCUCAUCGUUCCCGAAGACCCACCGAAGGCUUCGUUGCCCGGUCCGGCGUACUACCCGCAGUCACUGACCCUGACGGGCUACACGCAAUACUUUGCCAACCUGACGUACAUCAACAACGACAUGCAGGACGUCGGCUUGGACGGAUCCAAGUGGCGGGGCGGCAACCCCGACAACAAGAGCCCCAAACACUCGCCGCCGAAGCCGAACAAGUUCAAGUACGAGGUCGAGUACAGCACGUUUGACGACAAGAUCUACAAGCUCAAGGACCUGACGGUCAAGAGCUACCUGGGGCUGGCGUAUCGCAUGGGGCAGAAGAAGACGAAUUCGGCGGAUGCUCUCGUCGAUGACUUUGACGAGGAUGAUGAUGAUGAGGUGGAGCAGAGUAUCAGAGGAGUCGAGGCCGACGGAAAGGGCAAGAAGAAGAAGAAUCGCGAGAGGAACAAGGCGUGGCUGCACUUUUUGGGACACGCGUUCGUCAAGACGGUGCCUAAAGAGGAUCUGGAGACGAUGUAG